AUGGUAUUGCACGUGACACCCCGCGGGUCACCCGUCGAAGAACCCUCCUGGUCAUACAAUUACCCAAUCGCCAGAGCAUCCGAGUCAUCAUCUGGGCUAUCCAACUACUCACCCAUCAAGUCAUCUAAGGGAUCAUCCGGAGACUCAUCCUAUGUGACAGCUGUCACAUCCCACAACGGCUCACCCAUCAAGUCACAAACCCAGUAUCCCUACCAGUCUCCUACCGAUUCUAUCGAGAGUCUUUACGAGAAUACCUUUGUGGAUCCUAACAACCUCAAAGAUGCGGAUCACACCUCAAUCGAUGCCAGACUCAACAGAGUCUUUGAUCAAUUCAACCAGGGACAGCUUCGGGAAGCUCAAAUCAUGGCCAAAGAGCUCUUGUUCUGCUACCCUGCCAUGGAAUUUCACCACCGCGCUUCUCUCCACGCCAUGCUUGGCGUCUACCCUUUCGGUCUUUCCCAUGCUGAAAAAGCUUGUGCCAUUUAUGGGUUAUUGGCUAUGAGAAAUCAUGAAAUGCGGGAUGCAUACGAAAAUGCCCGAGAAUCAUUCGCCAAAGCACAGAAGAUCGAUGCUCUUUGGGAAGCUCAAGAGAAGAAGAUGGAGAAGCGCGGAACCUAUACCGAAGAUCAGAUUCGCCAUAAACGCUAUGAAUUAUUUUACUACAGCGUCUUCAAGCAUAACCGCAAGGAAGAAUUCAACGGUCUUGUCGAUGCCGUCUCACAGCCAUCUUCCAAGUCUCCAUCGUCUUCCAAGUCUGCAUCUCAGCGUAUUACCAGCGAUUCUUCUGGAUCCAAAGACAAGUCUGCCAAGACUGAUCUUGUACCUUCUAUCGAGCAUAAACGCCAAAUGCUUAUAAAGCGACUGAAUCUACAGGACUCCGUAUCGAAAGGUAUUCAAGAGCAGCGAAUUGCCAAGUACGAACCUGAGAACAAAGUGCAACGAAAGACGAGCACUCAAAAGAUGAAUUCUGGAUCUAAAGGAAAGUCUGUUCAGCCCGAUCCUGUACGGAUGACGGCUGAGGAUGCUCAAGAACCCACCCCUAAAGCCCGUAUGAUAAAAAAACCGGAAGCCUUCUAUUGCUACGCCUUGAAACAUCAGACGUGCACUCUAGAUGUGGAUGACGUAGAGCGCCAACACGCUCUUGGCACGGAGAAAUGCACAGUUAACGGCACUGCCACGGCACCAGCCGAGGCAUCUAUCUCUAUUUCUAUGGUAUCAGAGCCAUCAAGUACACUCAGCAGUGGGGGUACCGAAGAAACGGACGGCCAGACAAAGGACGUUGAUGCAAAAGACGACGAUGAACAGUCUGGGACCGACCGUUGGACGGAUAUUUCUACCUUGGCGAACAUGUUGUACCGAACACAGUUGAAAGAAAAUAGCCAUGUAGCAACAAAUGGCACAGCUCUGAAGGGAUCGGGUCAGAAAGUAGUACCUGCUUGGGACCCCUAUCGUCGAGGAGACCCCUCUCGAGGAAUCUACUUUUAA